GCCGACAUUAAUUUUAACAAUUGGACCUUGUCUAGAUUCAGCCUCCAUCUAUUGUGCAUCAUAAUUGGUCUAUCGGUAUAACGCGAUAACGAGGAAGACACUAGAAUGAUCUAGACUCGGCACAACGAUGCUCGGUAUAAUUGUAUCUGGACGACUUGUACAAACGGAUUUCCAACAAAUAGGAGAAAAUCAAUUUUUGAUAACAGUACCUGAUGCAGAUAACAUCAAUCACAUUGUUGUUUUUCUGACAGGUACCAUACCAUUUCCCGAUGGGACAGGUGGUGCAGUGUAUUUCAGUUGGCCAGACCCAACUGCUCCACCUAAUUGGCAGUUUCUUGGAUACAUUUCAAACGUUAAACCUUCGGCAAUAUUCAAGAUAUCGACGUUGAAAAAGAACCAUGAAUUUGAGAAUAGUAAUCUAGGAAUUUUUGGGGUGGGAAAAAUUUCGCACGUAGCACAAAUAGGCGUUUCGGUUGAACCUCUCGGAGCCAUCGAACAGUUAGCAGCUUCUGUGACCGAAGCCACGUCGAAUUCGUUCCUGGAGUUUGUUCAAAAAAUGCUUACCAGCUUUUUAAAUUACGUUUCAAGUUUCUCUGUGACUCAAGCACAAAUGGCCCCAAAUCCGACCGAAAAUUAUGUCCCGCUAUCAACUAUUCAAGGAUGGUACGAAACUUUUGAGAGGAGAUUACAACAAAAUCCAAAUUUUUGGAAAGCAUGAUAAAAAAAGCAAUCAACUCUCGAUAGUUUCUUUCUAUUCUGCAUACCGACGUCCUGUUUCAGCUCAGUGCUAGUGCUUCCUUUCGCGAAGUGCAGCAUACCGAAAAUGAAAUACGUCGUAUUGCACGCAUAAAUUCAAAUUUUUUUAUAUUUAUCGUCAAACUACUGUAUCGUAAUAAUAUGAUUAAUUAUAAUACGAUCACGUUCUUUACUCGCAA